CGUAAAUCAACAAAUUCCACAAAUUAUCAUAUUCUACAUAUUAUCACAUUAUUUUAUAGUAAAAUUAUUCUACAAUAAAAUUAUAUUAUGAUAAAAAAAUUUCAUGAUAAAAUUGUGAUAAAAAAAUUGUGAUGAUUCCUGGGAGGGAGCGGAUUACGAUAAUUUUUUCGGACGAGAACGGGUGUGAUAGUCAAAAAUUGGCCUCGGAAAUAGCCCUGGAGUAUUUAAACGUUAAACGCACUCCCAAAUGCAUAUCUUUAAACUCGUUACUGAAUUUUGGUAACCGAACGACUGAGGAUUCCGCUGAUUUUUCAGCUUCCGACGGUUCCUUUUCAGAGUUUGCCAAUGUCUUAAACGGAAAUUCUCACUCUGACGAGGGGAAUGUAAUUAUUUUCAUUUUUGAAAGUCAUAGUUCGGGAAUAACUAAACUUGAAAAUGCACUCAACGACUGGCUGUCCGAUUUCAGAGUCGACAAAUCCAUUUUCCUCAACCUCAACUUCAUCUUCGUUAUUCAACAUUCUCAUCCCCCUGACACUCAACAAAGUGUAGAUAAUGAACAUAAUGAAAGAGUUGGGAACGAGGAUGUUGAUGGACUGAGGGAAUUGUUGUCGAAUUUGGGCUCGAGAAUGCUUUUUCGGAGGAAUUUUUACCUCAAAAGCGGCGACGUUGGACAGAUUCUAUCACUAAUCGAUCUCAUUUCUGAGGCCACCUCACACACCGCAUAUCCCAAUAACCACACAGAUCCACACACUAAUCUUCAUACCCCUCAUAUCUCUCAUAGUACAAAUAUCUCUCAUAGUACAGAUAACUCAGAUAGUACAGAAGGUACAGAUGAGACAGAGGGUACAGAGGAUAUAGAAGUUGACAUAGAGAGCUUGGGUAAAUUGGGUGGUAUGACGACAGUAACCCAGCGUAAUCAGUUAAUAAAGCAAGGAUACAAACUCAUCGGUGACCACAGCGCCGUAAAGCUCUGUAGGUGGACCAAGUCAAGGGUAAGAGGGCAUGGGGGUUGUUAUAAGCACACGUUCUAUGGGAUAAGUUCGAGCCAGUGUAUGGAGAUGACACCGAGUCUAGCAUGCGCUAACAAGUGUGUGUUCUGCUGGAGACAUCACACGAAUCCGGUGGGAACCAGGUGGAAGUGGGACCAGGACGACCCCAAGUUCAUAGUCUCCGAAUCCAUCACAGCACACCUAAAACUGAUAAAAGAGUUAAGAGGAAUCUUUGACACUAAGCAGAAAAGGUUUAAUGAAGCACUUAGAAUAAGACAUUGCGCUCUUUCUCUAGUUGGAGAACCCAUCAUGUACCCACAAAUCAAUCAACUCAUCAACGAACUACACAAUCACCAAAUCUCCUCUUUUCUCGUGACAAACGCGCAAUUCCCUGAGGAGAUGGAGGCGUUGGUUCCGGUUACGCAAUUGUACGUUUCAAUUGACGCGUCCGAUAGGGCAAGCCUUAGGAAUAUAGACCGGCCGCUGUUUAGAGACUUUUGGGACCGGUUUCUAAGGUGUAUUGAGUUGCUGAAAUAUCGCAGAGAACGCACAGUUUUCAGACUCACACUCGUCAGGAACUUCAAUAUGACCGAGCAAAAGAAUGAGAUUGAGGGAUACUCCAAUUUGAUAAGGCUGGGUGAGCCUGAUUUUGUGGAGGUAAAGGCUGUGACAUUUUGCGGAAAUGUGGAGGGAAACGCCAUAACAAUGAAAAACGUGCCCUGGCAUGACGAGGUUAUUGAGUACUGCAAGGCACUGGUCAGCACCGACGAACAUGUGAAGAAGAACUACAGCCUAGUCUGCGAACACAGACAUACCUGCUGCGCACUAAUCGCUAAAAAUGAUUAUUGUGUGAAUGGAAAGUGGCUGACGUGGAUUAAUUAUGAUAAAUUUAAUGAACUGGUCACGAGUGGAGUUGAAUUUUCAGGGUUGGAUUACUCUUGUGAGACUCCUGACUGGGCACUUUUCGGAUCACCUGAACAAGGAUUUGACCCUGAAGAUACUAGGAUAUACACCAAAGGGAGACAUAAAUUAAACUCAGUUUGAAUUGUACAUUAGUUUAAUCUCACUUUUGUUUAUGAAUAGUUAAUAGUUAAUUCGUUGUGAGAGAUUAGUCCGGG